CUUCGUCUUGCUGCGGAAGGAUCUCAUCUCACCACCCACCCACCACCACCUGCACCGGCCAGCAAGGCAGGCAGGCUCCAUCGGCUUCUUCUCGCUCGCUUCCGAGUUCCGAUGAAGAACUUGAGGAGGGACUUUCGCAGCCACAGGGCUGCUUUAUUCGAUGGCAUUGAAGAAGGUGGGAUAAGAGCUCCAGCUUACUCUUCUCGUGAAAUUCAUGAGCAUGAGAAUGACCAAGCUAUGGACAGUUUGCAUGAUAGGGUCAGCAUUCUCAAAAGAUUAACUGGUGAUAUACAUGAAGAAGUGGAGAAUCAUAACCGUAUGCUGGACCGAAUGGGUAAUGAUAUGGAUGCUUCCAGAGGAUUCCUUUCUGGAACAGUGGAUAAGUUCAAGAUGGUUUUUGAGACCAAAUCUAGCCGCAAGAUGGCUACCAUGGUUGCAUCCUUUAUUGCCGUCUUCUUGCUCAUAUAUUACCUUACCAAGUAGCAGCAUGUUUGGUUUUGCAUGUGAUGAUGUAUAUUGCCUGAUUGUAAGAUGCAAUUUUCUGCACUUAAUGACCAGAGCACUGGUAGACGAUUGUCAAAAGAAGAAAGGGCACUGGUGGAUUUCACAGUUUUCCUGCAUUGGUGUACUGUCUCAAAUAGGUGAUUGUGAGGUGAUGUUCUGUUGUGAUCUCACACAGUUUUUCUGAUACAUGGAUGUUAUUUUUUUUUCGUGUCC